AUGAAAGCUUCCAAGGCAUGUCCGCGCCACCGAAGCCGGAGGAACACGGGCCAGCACUACUUGUACCAGGAGUCCCUGCUGCUCAGCAACUUGGAUGACAGCUUUAAUGCUGAUGAGGCAGGGGACAGCACUGAUCCGGAACAGAUCUUCCAGAAUAUCCAGUUCCAGAAGGAUCUCAUGGCGAACCUUCGCUGCAGACCCUGGACCAUGGGACAGAAGCUGGGAGCACUGAGGCGAGCAAAAGAGAUCGUGCUGAAGUUCGAAGGGAGGCUGACCAGGACCCGAGGCUAUCAAGCAGCAGGUGCAGAGCUCUGGAGGAAGUUUGCACGCCUGGCCUGUAACUUCAUGGUCAUCUUCAUUCCCUGGGAAAUGAGGAUAAAGAAAAUUGAGAGUCAUUUUGGAUCUGGUGUUGCCUCCUACUUCAUAUUCCUCAGAUGGUUGUUUGGAAUUAAUAUUGUGCUGACGAUAAUGACAGGCGCUUUUAUUGUCAUUCCAGAGCUCAUCGCAGGCCAGCCCUUCGGAAGCACGGCCAGCAAGACCAUCCCCAAGGAGCACGUGGCAUCUGCACAGGACCUGGACACCGUCUGGUCCCUGGGGGGUUACCUGCAGUACUCCGUGCUCUUCUACGGCUACUACGGCAGGGAGCGAAGGAUCGGAAGGGCUGGUUACCGGCUGCCCUUGGCCUACUUCCUGGUGGGGAUGGCCGUGUUUGCUUACAGCUUCAUCAUCCUCUUGAGAAAGAUGGCUAAGAACUCCCGCACCAGCCUGGCCAGUGCCUCCGGUGAGGACUACACCUUCUGCUGGCGGGUGUUCUGUGCCUGGGAUUACCUCAUCGGCAACCCAGAGGCCGCCGAGAGCAAGACCGCGGCCGUCGUGAACAGCAUCAGGGAGGCAAUCCUGGAAGAACAAGAAAAGAAGAAAAGCAAAAACCUGGCGGUGACCAUCUGCCUGAGGGUCGUUGCCAACAUCCUGGUGCUUCUCUCGCUCGCGGGGAGCAUCUACCUGAUCUACUUCGUGGUGGACCGGUCUCAGAAGCUGGAGCAGUCCAAGAAGGAGCUGACGCUCUGGGAGAAGAAUGAGGUGAGUGUGGUGGUGUCCCUGGUCACCAUGCUGGCACCAUCGGCCUUCGACCUCAUCGCCGCCCUGGAGAUGUACCACCCGCGAACCACGCUGCGUUUCCAGCUGGCAAGGGUCCUGGUGCUGUACCUGGGGAACCUCUACAGCCUGAUCAUCGCGCUCCUGGACAAAGUCAACAGCAUGAGCCCCGAGGAAGCUGGCACCCCAAAUAACACGAGCCACUGGACAGAUCUCAUCACCUUCUCUGCCACCAGGACGGCCCCUGAAGAAGAGACAUGGUCUACACCCGGGCCGGGGCCGGGGCUCCCGAGACACAGCACGUGGGCCCUGGAAGAGACCAGCAUUCCAGCUCCCACCUUGCCCUUCUCCGAGGCAAACAAGACCAGCGUCUACACCCAGCGUCCGCAAGACCAGUGCUGGGAGACCUACGUCGGGCAGGAGAUGCUGAAGCUCUCCAUCAUCGACAUGCUGUUCACCGUGGCCAGCACGCUGCUCAUAGACUUCUUCCGAGGACUCUUCGUCCGGCACUUGAGUGACUACUGGUGUUGGGACCUGGAAAGCAAGUUUCCUGAAUAUGGGGAAUUCAAAAUAGCGGAGAACGUGUUACAUUUAGUCUACAACCAGGGAAUGAUCUGGAUGGGGGCCUUCUUCUCCCCAUGCCUCCCGGCGUUCAACGUCCUCAAGCUGAUCGGCCUCAUGUACCUGCGGAGCUGGGCCGUGCUGACCUGCAACGUGCCGCACCAGCAAGUGUUCCGGGCCUCCAGAUCCAACAAUUUCUACCUGGCAAUGCUCCUGUUCAUGCUCUUCCUCUGCAUGUUGCCGACUGUCUUUGCGAUCGUCCGCUACAAGCCGUCCCUGAACUGCGGGCCCUUCAGCGGACAGGAGAAAAUGUAUGACAUCGUGUCAGAAACGAUCGAGGACUUCCCCGCGUGGUUUGGCUCCGUGGUGGGCUAUGUCAACAGUCCUGUGGUUAUCCUGCCCGCCGUGCUCCUGCUUUUCAUGCUCAUCUACUACCUCCAGAGCAUCGCAAGGUCCUUAAAACUCAGCAACCAGCAGCUCCGAAUGCAGAUCCAAAACGCCAGAUCUGAAGAUAAGAAGAAGGUUGCCCAAAUGGUAGAAGCCCGAAUCCAAACCCAAGGGGAAAGCAUCAAGAGGCUUCCAAAGAAGAGUGACCUCAGCAUCCAGCUGUCCUCGGCUCACUCGGUGACGCCCCAAAGCAACGGCACCGUGGUCAACGCAGGCUCCUCCAGCAGCAAGAGUGGCAGGAUGGAGACCAUCACCCCGGGCACACCCCCGAGUCCCCGGCCAGACCUCAGGAGCCCCAGCUCGCCUCUUCCUGGCACCUUCAAGCCCAGGCCUGAGCAGGACCCCAACAGGUAUCUGUGUGGUCAGAGUGCGAGGGCAGGUGACCAGCACAAGAACAGGUCCUACUCCCCGGGGACGCGGGCGAAGCACACGGAAGAUGUCCACUCACGGCCGCUUUGCCGAAGAGACUUCCAGCAGAUCGAACCCCCUCUUCGUGGAGCGGGGCUCUUGGCCGCGGUGCCGCGUGAUCCCUGGUCCUGUGCCCCCAGAUACUACAUCGUUAAUGAACGAGACUCUCGCCAAAAAACCCAUCCCACUUUCUGGCCAGAGAGACGUUUCAGGAUGGAAGCCUCGGGGGACAUUGUGGAGAUGUGCCCCAGGACCCCGCGAACAGGUGUGUCCUGGGCCCACCAGCAGAGGCCCUCUCUGCAGCUGAGCGAAGAAGAGGAGGGUGUCCUGAGGAGAGAACUGGUCCAACGGUCUCUCUACCCCCUGUCCCUAAGAGGCCUCCAAGGGGCUCCUCAUUUUUAUGUUGGCGACAGGUCAGAAGGUCAGAGCCCGGCUCCCAAGCGCCGGGGAAGGCCGCACUUCAAGUCCCUGGAUGAUGGCUUUGGGGCUCCACUAGACAGGCCCACGGCUGGGUACAAGAAGCCGCGCUCCCGCAAUCUCCAGUCCACACAGCAACCCCCAAUGGUCAGGGGCAAGCCCGAGGCUGAGCCAUCCCUCUCCGAAUCCGAUUCCAUGUCAGCAACGUCCACCAGCGACCAGCAGACCAGCGGCAAUGACCGGCACCUCCAGAUCACCCCUGGCCAGCCCAGAUUCCCCAGGUCUGUGAGCCCGCCGGGCGGGAGGAAGGCCGUCUCCAGGCAGGAGCUGAUCGUGGAUCUGAAUGACUUGAUUUGUUCCAACGUCUAGGGGCAUCUUCUGGUGUCGCCGUCAUUGCACGGGAGCCCUGCCAGACCACCAGCGUGGUCUGACACCGAGUGCUCCCCGGCCUUCUGGAAGGAGAUGCAAACAUACAGCCCCAAGACAGGACCACACCUCCCCCUUCUCCAGCAAGUGCCUGCCAGGGAGCUGUGUCCAGGGGGUUCUUUGUGACCAGUGCCUCUGGAACACGAGGCUGUCCUUUCAAAAACAUCCGUCCCCUUCCUCCAUUCCGGGUGACCACAAAUCAUAGGCAAGCCAGAUCCCUCAUGAAAACGGGUGGCAGGGCCCCUUCCGAGAUGUCCGUGCCCAACCUUCAUCCCAGGUGCGCUCUGUUUGGACCGUGCUGCCUGGGACUCGGUCCUCCCCAGUAAGCACCCGGGACCGACGUACCCACCCUUCAAGGUCUCACAGGGCUUUGUUAGUUCCCAUGAAUAAUCGGUUUUUGGGAUGACAGCUGUAACUAAAACUGGGGAGCUGAUUAUACUGGCUGUGUGCACGUCGUAUUCAUGAGCCAGGACAGUUGGAUCCCUGAGGCUUACUAGUUCCUUUAACUGGAAAGGAUGGGA